AUGCCGAAACUACUUUUGGAAAGGGUUGCUCGUAUGCUUAAGGCUGGGUUUGAGCCGCGUACGUGUUACUAUCUUUCCUCGCUUCUAAAGAAAGGUAUCGCAAGCUGGUUGGAUAAUCUCGGAAAUAAACUAAGAGUUCGAGUUCCCCGUUCAACUUUCGCCUUUGGCAUAGCUGAUUUCCAGCGUGUUCUCCAACUGGGCGAGAUCUUCCUUUCAUUUUAUCGUGUCUUGCCAGAUGCACAGCUCCCAUGUUUACACAACAUGGAUGUGCUCAUUGCUCGUUAUCCAAUGCACCGACCAUCAAAUGUUCAAAAAGUUCGCGCAGUAUACUAUCCUGAACUUGCAUCAAUUCAGGAUGUUGUGGUUUUUCCUACCCACGGCCGGUUUCCACUUGCGGAAAAGCUUUCGAAUGGAGACUAUGAUGGUGACCGAUACUGGAUCUGCUGGGAACCUUUACUUGUAGAAGAUUUUCAGAAUGCGCCUCCUCCAGUGCCGGUCGAUCUAGGAAGCCUUGGUAUAUAUAUCGACUCAAGGCUCUUUUCUGACGUUAGAAACGUUGAAAGCUUUCUCGAAGGAGCUUCCGACUUUCAAAUCUUAGAGAAGUACGCCUAUAAGUUUAACACUCUUAGUACGCCUAAGAUGGUUCGUCUAUCCGACCUCCGAGACCACCUAGUUGAUGCACCAAAGAACGGGUAUCGAUUCGACAUGAAAGAUUGGAACAAAUUCCUCCGUGAUAGAAAUUAUUCCAAGAAACUUAAUAAACCGGCGUACAAGUCUCUAAUAUCAGAAAGCCCUACAUACCAGAACGAGAACAACAUCGUAGACUAUGUAAAAUUUGCCGUCAUCAAAGAAAGAAUUGAUCAAUUCAAGGACGACGUAAGCGCGUGUCUUGGGGAAGCAAGCACCGAGGAUGAGCACCUGUCCCACUUCUAUAACGUUCGAUAUAGAGACGCGUAUACAGAAGCCGAUCAGGGAGCCCGAGAGGAAAUUGACUAUAUAGUCAAUAGCCUGGAGGAGCUUGUUUGCAAUUGGAAAGAUGCAAAUCCUAGCCGCCAGGAUUAUAACGAUAGUAUCGAACAAGCGUAUACAAAGUUUCGAAAUAUCCUCCCUCAAAAUCUAUUCCAUCUAGUAGCUAGCGAGUGGAUGAGAUAUCCUUUCGGCCGAGGAUUUACUACUUAGGAGCUCCU